AGGAUACAUACUGAUAAAGCCGACUGUGUGUCUAUGCAAGCUGGGUUUUUUUUAAAGCAAGGCUAUAAUGCUGCUCCACCUAUUAUAAUGUUAUAAUGCUACUCACAUAUUACAUUAACUGUCAUUUCUAAGGGUAUUUUUUAUAGUUUAGAGAUAACCACUUUCUAACAAAUAUGCUGUAUAAAUGUUUUCUGCUGUGGCCAUACUGUUCGGGAAACUUGCCUGACUGUAGUAUUAUGAGUAAUUAAUAAUUUAUAUAAUGUUUGAUUAAUAUUGAUUUUUUUUUUUCCAAAUAAAAGUGUGUAAAAAAAAUGUGUUUAGCACAUUUGCCUCACACCUCCAGGGUUGGGGGUUUGAUCCCUGCCUUCACACUGUAUGCAUGUUCUCCCUGUGCUUUGGGGGUUUCUUCCAGGUUCUCUAGUUUCCUUCUAUGUUCAAAGACAUUGCUUUUUAGGCUGAUAAGCAUUUCAGAAAUGAUCCUCAGUGUGUGAAGAGGUGUGUGAGAGUAUGUGUGAUUGGUUAUGUGCCACUGAUUUGGACCCAGAGUCCUCUGGAAUAGGCUCCAGGGACUCUGUGUGGUAUAGAAAAUGGAUGGAUGAAUGUUGUAAUUAUAUCACUUAAGUUCAUAAAUCCACCUCAGGUAUGUUUGUGACAUUGACCAAGUUAUCUCAUCAAGCACAGAUACAUCAGGAAAACAUUCUUUUUCCUUAAGUUUAUCAGGACUACACAUAACAUUUUUUCCUGUUAGGUUUGACCAGAAAAUUUCACAAUGAUUGUAUUGUGCCUAAUUAUUCAUUCAUUCAUUCUUCAGUAACUGCUUUAUGCCUAUAUAGGAUGCCCAUUCUUCUUAUUGAAUGGUGUGUUUACACAUGCACAGACGAUUUUUUUCAUCAGUGAUACAAGUAACAGCAACAGGUUUUUUAAGAAGUCAACAUCUGGUGCUUUAAUAGUGUUUCAGACCGGACAGGGAAUGGAACUGUGAUUGUGGGAAUCUGCUGUGAGAUCUGCUGCUUUUUGUUGUUGGUUGAUAGAUGUGAAACAUAUUUUUAUGCUCGCUGAUAUAUCAAGCACACAAAAGCAGUGUAGAAGAGUAUCUGCAUAUCUCUGGGUCCUUUCUGAAAGAGGUGCUUGGCUGUGCUUUACCCUGUAAUUCACCACACGGUAACCUUCACACACAUGUGUGUAUCAAAUCAGGUAUUCUUCUCUGAAAGUCAGCCAGACCAUUUUAGAAAUUUAAAUACAUAUAUUUUUUGUACUACUUUUACCAUUUCAAAUAAAUACUUUCAGCAUUAGUUAUUGCUUGAUUUUUGAAUAAUGACGCUAUAAAGUUUGGUUUCAGAGAUUAUGCCUUUGUUGUUGGAGAUCUGUUCAUCUGCAUUGUUUCUGAGUGACUCACUCACCCACAAAACACACUGGCAGGUCCAGAAUUUCUCAAAAGGCAUGCAGGACAGAUCAGACAAGUGAAAGAUCUUUGGUGCAGGAGCUGGAACGAGGAUUUAAAUCCAGUGCAGUAAUUAUCAUAAAGGACUACUUUUUUUCCCCAUCAAACAUUAUUACCUUUUUUAGGGGUUUUUUUGCAAGAUGGCAAAAUAUUGUGUUGUGAUUUGGGUUGUUUUCUGUUUGGACCUGGUUGAUUCUUCCUCGGAUGAAUGCCACCAAGAGAGAGACAGACUUCAGGCACAGUUAAGGACUAUGGAGGCUCGGGCUGUUAAGCAGCAGAAGAUGAUCCAGCACUUACUGGACCGCAAUCAGCAGCCUCAGCUUCUUCAGAAUGAAAGCAUCUUUUUUGACCUAGAAGAUAAACAAUAUGCAGACUGUGCUCAGAUUUUCACUAAUGGCUCCACAAAGAGUGGAUUUUACAUGAUUAAACCUGAAAAGAGCCCAGCUAAGAUCAAAGUGUACUGUGAUAUGAGAGAUGGAGGCGGAUGGACAGUGUUCCAAAGACGCUCUGAUGGCAACGAGUCUUUUGACAGGGAUUGGAAUGAUUACAAAACUGGUUUUGGUGACAUGAAAUCUGCAAAUGGAGAAUUCUGGUUAGGGAAUGACAACCUACAUUAUCUGACAUCCCAAGGUAAUUACAGCCUGAGAAUCAACUUGGAAGACUUUGAGGGCAGCCACCGUUUUGCCCUGUACAGAAAGUUCCAAGUUGACAGUGAACAGAACCAUUACCAGUUGAUGUUUAAUGGAUACAGAGGGAAUGCAGGAGACUCGCUCUCAGGCAGCUAUAACCCUGAGGUGCAGGGCUGGGCAAGUCACCAGGGCAUGAAAUUCAGCACAAAAGAUAGGGACAAUGAUCGAUAUGAGCGCAACUGUGCUCUGGAAGAUAUGUCUGGCUGGUGGUUUAACAGGUGUCACUCUGCCAAUCUGAAUGGAUUGUACUAUAAGGGGCCGUACAGCGCAGUGACUGACAACGGGAUAGUGUGGUACACCUGGCAUGGCUGGUGGUACUCUCUGAAAACAGUGGAAAUGAAGAUCAGACCAAGUGCCUUUGAAACUAAUGAAGUCUAACAUAACACAUUUUACCAUUGUCCAGUUAUUCAUGGAAAAUAUCUAGAUGUUGUAUGCAUAUUUGUAAUAUGUUUACAUACAGAUUACAGUCAUGUAGAACAUGCAGUUGAGGUCAUAAGUUAAAAUACACCUUGCAUAGUCUAUAAAAUGGUAAAAAUUAGAAAAAUAAUAAGAUGGGAAUAUUUUCUUGAAUAUUUAACAUAAGGGAUGUUUACAUAUAGUACACAAGACACAAUAAUAAGUGAAUUUACACAAAUGAACCAGUUUACAUAUGCUUGAGUACUAAUGUGUGUUGUUACAUGACUGUUUUUCGAUAGAUGUUCAUGAGUCUCUUGUUUGUUUUGAGCAGUUAAACUGCCCACUAUUCUUUAUCCAAUAGUUGAUUUUCUGGCAUAUUCUACAUAUUUGAUCCAUUUUCAGCAAUGGCUGUAUGUUGUUGAGAUCCAUCUUUUCACACCAAGGGACUCAUACACAACUAUUACAAAAGGGGUAUAGACUUUUCAAAAGGAUAAUUGGUGUAAAUGAUUAUUUUUUCUUGUGAUUAUUUUAUGUAGCUUCUGAAGGAGAUGCACUAAAUGAAAGAAACAGGAUCUUUUAAACAAAAUAAUGAUUGUAAAGUGUAAGGUGUGUGUAAACUUAUGACCUCAGUUGAAUAUAGUUUGUAGUAUGUGCUGUUUAUAGUAUAUACAAUGUAUGUAGUUUAUAGUAUAUAUAAACUUUACACCUAUUUAAUCACAAAAUGUUGGUAAAAUGUCAGCAUGCAUUUAUUUUCUUCAUGAUGAGAUGGGGGUUUCAAAAUACAGACAAAUAAACUUCUAAAUAUUGCGUAGGAGCCUGGAUCAAAUGUAAUUGCAUUAGUAAAAUAAAGUGUAAUAAUGUUUUAUUAUAAUAUCAGUGUUAUAAUGGAUUAAAGAUAUAUCAAACUAUAUAAAAGCAAGGGCUGAGAUUGCUACCCCGGAAGUGACGCCACUUGUCUGCAGGCGAGAAGACUGCUGAGCUCGCGCUUACCUGUUGGGUGUACUGUUUUUCUACAGGUGAGAAGCAUGGCUUUUUUUUUUUUUUUGCACAAACAUAAGAACGUCAAAUGACGAGUUAUACAAAUUCGCAACUUUGCAUUCACCGUUAAAUCCUGUAAAAAGUGAAA